AUGAGCAAGGCUACAUCACCUCCUAUUUUGGAGCUUCCUACAGUCGCACGCGGUAAUGGAACAACCUGCAAUACUUUAUCAAACAGUGGAUCCUAUGAUAGGCAGUCGUUCCUGGACUUAUCGAAGAACGCGCCGCCCUUGAGUAAAGAUAUGCAAUCGACGCUGAAGCGCUUAGGAAUCUACAAGAAUCUGCCCGAUCAUACCAUUAGUAACUGUUUCAUUAAAGAAGUUGCUGAAUUGAGCGCUAAGAUCUUGAAAUCGAAAAACGCCAGCGUCAACGAGGCAGCGAUUUCCUCUUCUUCAACCCACAACGAACAACCAAAGAAAUAUAAAUUCGUCCCACUUCGUCAAAAGGCUAAGCGAAAAUUUUACAUGCGCGGAAAGCUGAUUUCGAUUAGAGACUCAGUAUCGAAGGAGUUGUGGAAGAAAUAUGCUCUGUCAAGGUUUGACAUGUCUGAUGAGCCAUUUUUGACUAUCGAGAAGGAAUGCCAUACCAGUGAUCGUGAAAGUGCGGUAGCAAAUGAGUCAGCCAGCCCACAAGCUUCGGUGGCCGCCAACAAGGAACGGGUUGCUGUUUCGGAAAAUGAUGUAAAGAGGUAUUCUCGGAAAGAUCUCAUAGCCAUCCAGAACAGCGUUCCUAAGAAGUCCUGGAUUCCAUAUGUGAAAGCUCGAUGGGACACCACGCAAGAGCCGUUUCAGCUAAACCAGUAUCUGCGCUGUUCGUUUGAAGAACAACUACGUAGACAGCGCCAGAUAGAAAAGAAGCAGCGCGUAGAGGUCAUGAAGGAACGGCAGAGAGCGCAAAUGGAGAGGCCGAAGCUCUUAGCUUCAGCUCGAACACCGUGCCGAAAACCUGUUUUGGAAUCGUCGUUUGAAAUGUUCUGCUCUCGAGUAGGGGAGGAAUUCCAGAAGUUCAAAGAGGAAAAGCGUAGUAGUUGGAACAAUAAUGGGGCCGUGGUGAGUUGUUACUUUUUUUGA